GCAAUAUUCUCUAUCUUCACGUCUUGAUAUCAUGACAAAGGAACGACUGUCUUCCUUCUAUCAAGACCUGAUUGUGCGAGAUUAAUCUUAAUGGGGACUUGAAGCAGAUUGUUAUAUGCCAUCAGUGUGUGUUGGAACCUCUGGCGCUGAUUGAGUCAAAACUCUUUCAAAAUCGGACACACUGGCACUUGGCACUUGCACAGCAGUAAGAUUUAUGAAAUCUGCGUCGGGCCGGGGUGAAUAGCCAAUCCAAACCUCCGGUUUAGAGUAUGAGGCAACAGUCACUCAGAAUAUCUUUUCGAUGUUCUAAGUGACAUUUCUGGAUAUCCAUGUUGUUCGUUUCACGGGCUGAAUAUAAUUGUAGAGAGUGCAACCCUUCAAGUACAACUCCUCUGGCUCUCUUUCAACCAUGGAUGCAAAUAUGGGCAUUUCAAUGCUUCCGUCUGCACAGGGUCCCACCGACAAGUCUCUGCGAGUCACAAGAACCAAGUUAUACCCGAUGCAUGCAUGGUAUUGUAUCGGUCUUUUCAUUUUUACUAUCGCCGUCUUUCAGUGGUUUUCCUUCUUUCACUCCAAGUUCGCCAGGAGCCGUCCAACGUCCAAUAAAUCCGAUCCAGAACAGGCUGUUGUACACUAUCGUGGCAUUUUUUCGUGGCGUCGCAUCCCUUUGGGACUUGUCAAUGCAUACCGAGUUAUCGCUUUCCGCUGGACACUUGAAUUUGGAAAGCGGUACACCCUCAACAUGGCUGAGGUUUCUGUGACCAUGGCAUACCUUUCUUUUCUUUUUAUAUGGGCAUUCAUCAACACAACUAACCUCGAGGGCCACGCUUUGGACAUUACAUACUGGUGCAACCGCUCGGGCACACUAGCUGCGAGCCAGUUCCCACUAAUCACUGCACUUGGAACUAAGAACAAUAUUGUGUCAUUAAUCACCGGUAUCAGCUACGACAAGCUUAACUAUGUCCACCGUAUGAUGUCCAGAGUCGUUUUCAUCUUACUCUGUGUUCAUGCAGGCAGCGAGAUCGUCGAAAACGCACCAUUCCAGCCAUUUCUUAAGGAGCCAUGGCUACGAUGCGGCAUCACUGCCAUUGUUGCCUUGACCAUUUUAUGCGUCGUUUCCCUGCGCCCCAUCCGAGCACAAGCCUAUGAACUGUUUUUCUACGUUCAUCUCGCUAUGGUUAUGACUUUCCUCGUCUGUGCUUACUUCCACACACAAUAUGAUGGGCUCACCUACUGGAUCUAUCCCUGUUUCGUAAUCUGGGGGUUAGACCGCCUUAUCCGCAUCGUUGGUCUUGUGGUGUUUAACUCCUCGUACUUCGGCUUCAGAUCAGGGUCUGCAAUGGAUGCGACCGCUGAACUCAUAUCAGAUGAUUUUGUUCGAUUACGUUUCCACCGCCCACCUCAUUUCCGUUGGGCGCCUGGACAAACCGCCUAUCUUAUCAUGCCAUCCGUCUCACGCUUGCCAUUCGAAGCCCACCCUUUUACCAUUGCGAGCUUUAAUUCGAACAUUUUUGAUGUUGCUGCGGAACAGAAGCCAGAAGGUGAAAAGUAUACUCAAAUCACAGACCGUGCUCUCGGUUCUAGUGCUCCAUUCUGGAAAGAGCUCGUGUUUUUCAUUAACGUAAGGCAGGGGUUCACUGCCCGCUUGAAAGAAGCUGCUUCGAGGGGUGAUAAACUCAAAGUCUUUAUCGAUGGGCCAUAUGGCCCUGCUCCUAACCUGGGUUCAUACGACACAUCCGUGCUUAUUGCUGGUGGAUCCGGAGUCUCGUACACGCUACCGAUCUUGUUGGGUAUCAUAGAAGGUGUUCGCAACGGUAAAAGCAGUUGUGGCCGUGUGGUUUUCAUCUGGUCAAUCCGGAAUGCUGGUGCAUAUUAUUCAUCCACUAUCGGCUUCAAUGAAGCAUUGUACAGGCCAACUCAUUUAUUUCUAGCAGACCAAAUUCAUUGGAUCGACGAGACUCUCAUCCGAGCACUUCAACUUGCCCCUCCUUCUUUAUCCAUUUCGAUCCGCAUACACGUUACCGGCACACCGGCAACUGACGAGGCCUUGCCACACUCAUAUAGUCCAAGUGAUGACGCCAGACCGGUGUGCAAUCCUUCACCCCCCGAGACGGUGGUGUUGCAAGAUGGCAGAAGCAAGCACUCCCUUUUCACCGUAGAGUCGGCCAAGCUUCAAAGUGGAAGGCCCAACCUGCCAGCUAUUCUCAGAGAUGAGGUAGAAAUGGCGACAGGCAGGAUGUCUGUUAGUGUGUGUGGCUCACAAGAGAUAGCUCGAUCUGUUCGCCGUGCCCUUCAAUUUCCAGUGUCGAGCCCUCUCAGUGUAGCCAAUGGUGGUCCGAGCGUUACUCUACACAUUGAGUCCUUUGGUUACGCUUAGCCGAUAGACAAUAAUAUUGAAGCGCCCCUAUCUUGAAAAGCCCUGAACGAUUGAUAUCCUCGUGUCCACUUCAAGCACUACUAGAUCUGCAUAGCACUCGAUUUUUGGUCUGCCAGUUGUUGGAAAUUCUCU